CCUCCGGUUGCCCCUUCCAAGAUGGCGACCAUAACAGAGUUGAAAGCAGUUUUAACAGACACGCUGGAGAAGAGAGGUACGCUGGGACAGAUCAAAGCAAGGAUCAGAGCUGAAGUUUUCAACGCGCUGGAUGACCAAAGCGAGCCACGGCCAUCGUUGUCCCAUGAGAACCUUUUAAUCAACGAACUGAUCCGUGAAUACUUGGAGUUCAACAAAUACAAAUAUGCUUCAUCUGUUCUAACAGCAGAAUCUGGCCAACCUGAAGUUCCAUUGGACAGAGAAUUUCUUGUUAAUGAACUAAAUAUAGUUGAAGAUCCAAACAGCAGAUCAGUGCCACUUCUGUAUGGAAUUAUAAACCAGCUGUUACAUGGUAAUGAAGAAAAGGUCUGCAAUACAUUCCCCAGAGCACCUUUGUUACAGGUUUCAAACCAACCAACGAAAGGAGUCAAAUGGGGGCUGCUGCGGAGCCAGGAUGCAUAGCUGGCCCAAAGCUUGAAGAUAUGUUGAGUUCACGGGGCCUAAACAGAUGAAAUAAACCAUCACGUGUCCCUUCGUGCAGAGCAGGUGUUUAUUUGUUACUGUGCAAAGUUCUCAAGACUGAUUGGUAAAAUGGGUAAGGGCAAUUUUGUAGAUGUGGCAUUUCUAAUCAUCUUUGUGCUGUGGUUUCCUCUACAGUUCUAGUCCAAGGUAUAUUGUUGGUAAAAGGAGGGAUAUGUUAGUGUGGAAACAUAAGAAACUGUGACAGUUUUACAGCAUCAAUCUCUUGGUGGGUCAGAAUCCAUUUAUUUUCACGGUAUGAUAAAUGGUAAACAAAAGGGGGGAGGAGCAGGUUUGGCCUAUAGGUCUAAAAAUUAAAAGCGUCCAGUGUUUCAGCUCAGUGUCAUACUGAAUUCUAUUUUUGGUUCUUUGUACAUGAAUAAAAGAUAAUUUGCCUUAAACUUUGACUUGCGAGGGUGUCCGAUAAUUGAAUCCUUAUGUGGUGGAAACAGACUUUUCACAACGAUAGGGACUUUCCACAAUAAUUGAUGUUAACAAUUACAGGAAUGGGAUGUUAUUUUAGUAAAUGUUUCGGCCUUCCCUGCAAUCCUGAAGUGUUUUCCAGUGUUCAGCAAAGGACAGUGUUAAGCCUCAGCUAAGGAUAUUAUAUAGAUUUAGGACCAAGUUAUGGGUAUGGUGCAGAUGUAAUGCUGUUGAGCUUUUGUGCCCUGCCUUUCCUUCCUCUUCUCACAUGCCCUGAUUGACUAGAGACUUCCUGAUUUCCUAACCACAGUUUCCUGUGACAUCCAAACUAGGAAACUCUGGUUUAAGCACUGCCUACAAGCCAAGAUUGAAAUUUUGGGUGCAGUAGGACAAAAGACUUGUGCUCCUAGCUGCUUCUCCUCAUUGGAGCAGCACUGCAGUGUUAUGCUUGAGGGCAGGUUCCUCUCCCUGGUCUCUCAUUUGACAAAAUUAGCAAUCAGAAAUGAGGAUAAAAAUUAAGAACUGUAUGUAAAAUGGGAAGAAUACAGUGUUCAGCUAACAGCUCUCCUGAGCCACCCUUGGCUGAGCAAAUGCUGCGAUGUCAUGGAACACUCACAAACAUUCAGGCCUCUUUGGGAGGGAUUUGUCACUUCUUAGAAGGGAGUAAAAUGUAAGGUUGGGUUAGGAAAUGCCCUCAGACCGGGUGUAGAUUAAUUAUGGCUAACCAGAUAAAAUCCAAGCCAUAUAUAACAUUGCUUCUGUUCUAUUGUGAAUUACAGUAGCUGCAGCUGCCUAUGCUUUAGUGAAGUACUUAGCUUAGCUAUCUGAUCUAGCAUGCUGAUAGGAAUAAUUUUAAGAGACACAAGCAAAGGAAACCUGUAUCAGACUAGUUCUGGACAAGGGGAAGUUUUC